AUUACUAUGUGUUUAAUUCAAUUUUUUAAUUUUAUUUCAAUCAAUAAUUGAAGUUAGAUAACUUGUUAUUUACAUUUUAACAAAAAAGUUUUUUAAUUUUUAAAAAAAAAUUAACUUCUACACUAACUUUAGUUUCUAUUUUCACCAAACUAACUUCUAACUAACUAAGUUAGAAAUUCUGGCGUUUUCAGAAAUUAACUUAUAUUUUAACUUAGUUAGGUUUUUUAUUAAAGUAACUUAACUUCAACUAGUUGAAAAAAAUGACUAACUCGCCCAGCUUUGCUAUAAUGCAUCAAAAAUAUACACUUUGCCAUCAGCAACCACCCACGAAGUUUGAAAUUGAAGCAUUAUUUCGAUAAGUUAUGCUAUACACAGAUACAAAAAAAAACACAUUAUUGUAAAAUUAAUACCUACAUUCAUAAUUUCGUUCAGAAUUUAAAAAAUCAUCAAUGGGUGACUUACAAUAAUUUUUUUUUAGUUUUGUUCCUAGUUUUUAGUUUAUACUCUUAUUAUGCCAAAAGUACAGAUUGUAUUAACUGUACAAAACAUAGGACAUAGGUAGUACUUACAUAUUUAAUUAAAUAUAAAUUUAAAACAUUUAAUUAUAACUUUAGAAACUAAAUAAGUUUUAUUUAUAAUUAGCACAAUGGCACCUCAUCGAUCCAAAACUAGUGAGGUUUGGAAUCAUUUUACAGAAAUCGAAUAUCAGAAGGCAAAGUGUGGAUAUUGCAGUAUUAUCCUCAGCACUGCAGGAGGAUCUUUAAGUAACCUUAAACGACAUAUGAAGUCAAAACAUUAUACGAUUCCAUUAAAUACAAAUCAAAGGAAUGCAACAGAAGGUUUGUGCAAUUGUGUUAAAAAAUAUAUUUUAUAAAGUAUUUUUGUAAUGAUAGAAAAACUAUAUUUUUUUAGAUAUUGUUGAUGACCCAAUUAUACCUGGAUCCGAAUUUACUCCAGGUCCAUCUACAUCGUCUGAAUCGACUCAAGGUCCAUCUACAUCAUCUGAAUUGACUCAAGGUCAAUCCAUAUUUGAUACUGCUAGACCAUCAGGAACAUCUCGUCGUCGCAUAAAUGGACAGUCCACAUUAUCUAGUUAUUUCAGCAACACAAAGCCACUAAAUGUCAAUCAUCAAAAAAGAGUAGAUCAACAACUGAUUAAAAUGAUUGUUAAAGGAUAUUAUCCAUUUGAUAUAGUAGAGGAUAAAGAGUUUCAAAACCUUUUGAAGAUGUUGAAUGGUGGUUAUAAGCUACCUUCAAGAAAAACCGUAUCUAACAGCAUGAUACCUAUGCUAUAUCAUCAGACACAUGAGAAAGUGCAAGCUUUCAUGACCAACUGUUUUGCGGUGUGUCUGACAACAGAUGGAUGGACGUCAAUUAAAAAUGAGAGUUUUAUGGGAGUUACUGCUCACUUUAUUGACGAAAAUGUAUCACUUCAGUCAGUAUGUCUUGGGUGUGAGAAAUUUGAUGAUAGGCAUACAUCUAAAAAUUUGGCUUUAUUUUUAAAAAAUACUAUUCAAAAGUGGAGUAUUCAGAACAAAGUAGCUGCAGUUGUAAGCGAUAAUGCUCCUAAUAUAGUAGGAGCCAUUAGAGAAUGCAAUUAUCGGCAUAUACCUUGUUUUGCCCAUUGUGUAAAUUUAGUUGUCCAACGAGGUCUCAAAGACAUUAAUAACAUUCAAAAAAAAGUCAAAUCCAUAGUGGAAUAUUUCAAACGAAGUUCACAUGCACAGUCUAAACUCCUGGCAAUGCAACAACAAAUGGGCUUGUCGCCAUUAAAAUUAAAACAAGACGUGGUUACAAGAUGGAACAGCACACAUGAUAUGUUUAAACGUAUAAUAGAAAUUAAAGAUGCUGUUGUUUCUACUUUAGCUAUUCUUCAAUGUGAUGUGGAACAAUUGACUGUGGCAGAAUGGCAAAUUGUUGAAUGUUCAGCAAAUAUUUUACAAAUAUUUGCAGAAGUCACAAAAGAAAUAAGCAGCGAACGAUAUGUUAGCAUGUCCAAAAUUCUUAUCUUCAUACAAGCAAUGAUUGACACAAUGGUUAGUUUUCAAAGUAAUACAGCAUUACCACAUGAAGCUUAUGAAUUGGUCAAUACAUUGUUGGGAGAAUUGCAGUCAAGAUUUUCAGGCUAUGAAGAAAAUGAAAUUGUUUCACAAGCAGCUCUUCUUGAUCCGAGGUUUAAGAAGAUGGCAUUUGACGGAUAUAGCCCAAGAAAAUUGGAACUAGCAAUUGAGCAGUUGAAGAAGAAAGUCUGUCAAGUGACUUUGCCUGGUACGGAUAAUCCAACUGCAUCAACCAGCUUUCUAAAUGCAUCUUCUUCUUCAUCAUCUUCAUUGAUAUGGAAAAGGUUUGAUCAACAAUAUGAAGCUAAUCAAACUGCAAUUAAUCCCACAGCAGCUGGGAUUAUCGAAUUGGAUAGGUAUUUACAGGAGCCACUUAUCAGCAGAUGUGAAGAUCCCUUAAAAUGGUGGAAUGAGCAUAAAUUAAUGUAUCCACGUUUGUAUGUAAUGGUAAGAAAACGGUUAUGUGUAACAGCUACCUCAGUUCCAUGCGAGAGACUGUUCAGCAAAGCAGGCAUGGUCAUAACCGAAAAAAGAUCAAGAAUGCUAGCCUCCAAGUCUUCACUAACACAGAUAUUCAGUAUUCACUUGUCUCAAAAUAAAUCCAUAGAACUAUUGCAGUCAACUUCCAACAGUGAAGUUAACAAAGCCUUUGUCUCAAAUGAUCCUAGUAAAGAUUUGUUUGAGUUUUUGAGUAACGCUAAUGAAGAUGAUUAUACAAUAAUGUCCAAUGACGAUGAUGACUGUUACGGACCUAUACUAUUAAAAACUGCUAAUUUUAAUGCUCAACAAGAGGAACAUUUUGAUUUGGUUCCCCAUGAUACGUCGACUGAAGAAAAUUCAGGGGCACCUUCGUUAUUAGAAGGUCCAUCAAGAAACAUAUUUUCUAACGCAAAUGAAUUUACACCCAGUGAAUCAUUUGGUGAAAUUAUUGGUAGGAGAAUUGUUGAUUUGUCCUACAUAUUUGCCCAAAUAAAAAAUGUUAAUCAUGAUAUUGGAUUGGGAUGUAGUUUCAUUGAUAUGGAUUUUGUGUCUGAAGACCGCAGAGGCUGUUAUUCAGAGUGCUGGUUUAUAUAUAAGAUGUGCAAUUUUAAAUCGAAGAUAUGUACAGUAAAAGAAUCGCCUAAAACCAAUUGGUCUAUAAAUAAAGACAUCGUUAAUAGUACAAUAGCAAUUGGAAUAGGAUACACACAAGUACAUGAAUUCUUGUCUGGCUUAGAAAUACCCUCAAUUUCGUCUAAUACGUACACACAUAUCGAGACCUUAUUAGGAGCUGAGAUAUCUAAUACUGCUUGGUCAGAAAUGGAAAAAGCUGGUCAAGAGGAAAAAAGAUUAGCUAUUGAGUCAGGCUGUGUAGAUUCUGAUGGCAUACCUAUGAUAACUGUGGUAGCGGACGGACAAUGGUCUAAACGAAGCUACCGAACUAAGUACGACGCAUUGUCCGGUGUAGUAUCAUUUUUAAGUGACUAG